AUGAAAAAAGGAAGAAACAAAAAGUUAAACGUCCAGCCAGGAAAAUCAAUCCGUACAUCAGAGCUUAAUCAAGUUGAAACAGACAACAAAAAACCAAAGGAAAAUAGAUUAGAAAAUGAAGCAAAAACUAAAGAAGACUUUGAUCUGAUAACGUCUGAAGAGGGAUAUAUACUUGAUGCUAGAACACCUGAUACAAAACUUGAUGAGUUCAGUGGGAAACUAGCCGCUACCCAAGUAAAUAUUUGUGGAAAUUUAAACGAAGAUGAUAUUUCCCACGAUGAAAAUUCAAUUAAAUUUAACGAAGCAACAGUAAACCAAAUUAAGCGACGCAAGCGAUCUCUAAAAGAAAAAAACUUCAAAAAAUAA